UUCGUUGAUUAUAUAUUAAGAAUAUAAUUAUAUAUUAAAAAGCGGCGUCAGCGUGACCAAAUUAAUAUUAAUUAGCAGGGGAUGCUGUGCGCCAAGCAGAACUAUUCCACACGCCUUUAAACGGCGCGUGUCUGCGCAGUCGAUGGCAGGGAGAAGGUGGAGAGCGUCGUGAUGCACUCAUUUAAAAGUUAUUUAAAAGGGGCGGGAACAUACAAACCGUCCCGCAUGUAUAAAACUCAUGUGUCCCAACGCAAACUCUUGGAGACACGUGAAGUGCUCUGGACUUUAAUCAUUCACUCAACAACUUGGACUGCUAAACAUAAUGUCAGAGAAGAACAUGAGAAUGGUCUACUUACUCACUGUUGCGACUGUUUAUCUCGCUGUUUGCGGAGGAAACACUGCAGAUGCUCAAGCAGGACCAGUGUUACGGAACUCCAUCAGGCAUGUGCCCGCCGCAUCCAGCCCGAGUGAUGCGGUCAGCGUGAGUCCGCGCAUCACCCGCACCGGAGACAGCGACGCUCCGGCGUCACCACACUGCGCCGUUGAUGCUGAGUGCAAGUUCGGUGAAUUUUGUAACGGCUCUCGGGGAGUUUGUCAUACCUGCCGCAGGCGGAGGAAGCGCUGCGUCCGCAACGGGAUGUGCUGCGCUGGAAACCAAUGCAUUAACGGCGUGUGUCAGUCUGCUGAUACAGAUGGUAUUGGAAGGGUAAAUGCCACCCAGCAGGUUGGCAAAACGGAUGCUCCUACUAUGGCUGUCACACGUGGACAAAACAUCACAACAGUGCCGCAUCCUAGAAGAAACACCAUCCAAACAAAAUCACAGCAGCCAGUGAAAGGUGGCGAGGGCGAGACGUGUUUAAGGUCCUCGGACUGUUUGGACGGGCUGUGCUGUGCCCGGCACUUCUGGUCACGGAUCUGUAAACCUGUGCUGACAGAGGGGCAGAUGUGCACACGCCACCGGCGGAAAGGGGCUCACGGUCUGGAAAUCUUCCAGCGCUGUGACUGCGGGGCUGGUCUGGCCUGCCGAGGCCAGAGAGAGAGAGCUGGAGCAGAAAGCCGAAACCUCCAUACCUGCCAACCGCGCUGACGCUGCAUAACUGCUUUCACAACACACGCAUGCAUGCAGACACACAUGCUGUGUGGAGACAAAGGAAAACUGACUCCACGGAAGGAUGCACCAUUAAAAGGACUGAUCACAUUUCCUGGACGGAUGCAGAGAAACUGCACCGUAUGGAUGUUUCUAUAGUACACUCUGCUAUUAAGACUUUUUUCCUGGGUCAUCACAAAAGGCAGAAUGCUUUUGUUUCCCUUUAUAAGGAACUUCUUAUUCUUCUUGCAGUAAAUUACUGUAUUGUAAAUACGUAGUCAGAUAUUGCACUUAACACUGAGCAUAUGGAUUCUAUAAAAAUAGCAUUUUAUGAUUCACACACUUCCAUAUUGUAAAUAUGCAAGCCAUAUGGUUUAGAUUGUGUUAUCAGUACUCUUUUUAUUUCAAGGAAAUUGUAAAAAAUAUUUGUGUUAUUAAAAUAUAUUAAUGUAAUAAUAAUAAAUGAUGAACACUCUAUGUUUUCUCGAUGGAUUCUUCUGAUCCAUACUGCCACAGCUGCAACCUAAAAUACACUUCACUCUCUUUAGUCUAAUGACAGUUCAUAAUAUUCAGCAAGUUUACAGUAGCUUCCAGCAGCAUCCAAAGAGAAAAUAAACUAAACA